AUGGGCCCUCCCAUCUGUCUGGGGGGCCUCUGGGCUCCGUUAUUGCAGCUACGUUUUCGUUUGUUGCUGUUGGUGCUGCUGCUGCUGCUCCUGAGCUGUCUGCUGGGUUCUUGCGACGCUCGCUCACGGCAGCAGCAGAAUGUGGGUUCGAAUUCCAGAGGGAGCAGCAAGACAGAGGAGACAGAGGCAGAGGUAGCUCAGGAGGAUUAUGCAGAUUAUACUGUAGGCACAGAGUGGUUUAAAGGGGGCGGCCUAGACCGCCGCGGUAACAGGGCGGGGGCCCGGGGUCGGGGGGCCCCUGGUGCAUUUCGUUUGUCUCGAUUGGGGUUUGCAUCUCUCAUGGCUAUGUUUGCUGCUGUGUUGCUAGCUCGAAAGGCUCUACAAGAAGAGAAACGUCUAUCAAGAGAGGAAGCAACACUGGAGGCAGAGCUUGAUCAGCAGGAUGAUACAGCAGCAACAAGAAACAGAUUCAAACAAGCAGAAGAACGUGAGUUGUUUUCACAGCAGGUAAUUCGAGAGGAGAUGCAGCUGAUGGAGCAGGAACAGGAGCAUGAAGAGCAUCAGAUGCAGCAGCUGCAGAGACGAAUUAAAAUAGCAAGAGAUAGAUAUGCACAAGCUCUUAUCCCCCCUGAUGCAAAGAUGACACAGCAGCUGAGAGAAGCAAAAGCAAGGCUAAUAGAAGCAAGAAAAGAUCAUAGUGAAGCUCAGAUUUCUCUUGAGGCUUAUUAUAAAGUACAUGAUAUGCCGCCAGCAGAACUAAAGAAUCUCCUUAAUACUCUACAAGAAGAAUUAAGAGAGACAGAACGUGCUGCUGCUCGUCUUGAUCUCUGUCUUAGUAGCAGCAGAGAAGCAAAGACAGUACAAGAUAUGGUGCAAGCAAAGCAAGUAAUGCUGCAUGCACUGGAAAAAGAAAUAGAAAUAGUAGAAGAUGAAGUCCUUGAAGGAGAAGAAGGAAAUAAAGCAGUUAAAGAGUUACAAGAAGAAGAAGAAGCAGCAAUUGCUGAAGAUAUGCUCGAGCUCAAAGAGAUUCAAGAGGAGCUAGAAGAACACAAAACAAAAACUAUAGAAGCAAUACAACAGCGGCUAAAAGAUAAAGAAAAAAUAAAUGAAGAAAUAGAACAAGCGGAAGAAAUGCUUCAACAGGGAGUAGAAGAGUUAGUUAAACUCGAAAAUUCUCCUCAGGUAUUCAAAAGAAAAGAAUUGCUGUUAAAAAAGGCAGCAGAGCUUCAGCAGCAGUUUACAAAGGAGUUGCGCGAGCUCCUUUUAGGGGGACAGGAGCCUGCAGAAGGAGAAGAAGAUGUGUGGGGGGUUGAAGAGAAAGACCCUACAGCUAGUUUUACACCUGAAGAGGCGGAGCUGCUAGAGACUAAGCAGCUGCUGCGUCGACUAAGGAAAGAGAAAGAAGAAAUUGAAUUAGAACUAGAAACACUUAGUGAUUUAAAAGAAAGAGCACAAGUUGCAAGAGCAAUUCAUAAUCUCUUUAUUGCUCAAGCAGAUGCUGCUGUUGAUGACCUUGUAGACCUCAAGGAAGAUCCAGCGCAAGAUGAGGAAUUAAGUGAAUUUGCGCAGUUUCUCGCAGAAAAGAUGAGGGAAAGACAAAUGGCGAGUAGCGCUGCUGCUACUGGUGCUGACGGUGCUGCUGCUGCAGCAGAUGGCGGUGGUGAUGAGGCUGCGACAGCUGCUGCAGGUCAGGGUGAAGAAAACGUGAAAAAAGAAGAAGAAAAGGAAAAUGAGGAGAAAAAGGAGGAGGAGAAGGAGGGUGAGAAAGAUGGGGAUAAGAAAGAAGAUGAUAAGGAAGGGGAGAAAGCUGAAACAGCUGCAACUGCUGAGGGUGGAGAGGAGAAGGCGGAGAAGAAGGAGGAGGAGGAGAAGAAGGAGGGGGAGGAGAAGAAGGAGGAUGAGAAGAAGGAGGAUGAGAAGAAUGGGGAAGAGAAAGAUGGGGGUAAGGAAAAAGAUGAAAAUGUGGAGGAGAAGAAAGAAGUGGGGGAGGGGGAGAAGAAAGAGGAGAAAAAGGAAGAGGGGGAGGGGGAUAAGGAAAAAGAUGAAAAGGUGGAGGAGAAGAAAGAAAUGGGGGAGGGGGAGAAGAAAGAGGAGAAAAAGGAGGAGGAGGAGAAGAAGGACGAGGAAAAGGGAGACGGGGAGGGAGGAAAGGAGGAGGAUGACAAGGACGAAGGUGUGCGUCUUGCUGAGGAAGCGAUUGAGCUGGCGCGGCAUCGAUUGAAAGACAAAGGAGAGAGAAGGGAGACAUUGAAGCUGCAGCUGCAGCAGGUGGAAGCGAAGAUAGCGAAGGCAGAAGCAUUGCUGCAGGAAAGGCAGCAGCGUGUGAAUAUGCUGAAGUCGGUUGUUGCCGAUCAAAUCACCAAUGCAGCAGGAUAUGGGAUAGCGGUAGCAGAUAUAACAGCACAGAGAUUGCGUCAGCUAGAGAGAGCAUUGAAGCGUCUUACGAAGCACGCAGAUCGGGUGCAUAAGGACGCAGAGAGAGCAAUUGAAAUACAUCCGGAGGAGGCGGACCAGCAUCUGCUGCUGGUGCAGAUUGCUGAUGAUGGAAUCCUUGUAGGGAUAAAGCGAUUGUUUGAUGAACUGCUUCGCAUGCGUCUAGCAGAAAGAACAGCUACCGACAACAUAUGGAUGGCAAGACAGAAGGAGGCUCUUCUUGCUCCUGGUGUAUUUCGGGAGCUGCUGCAGCAUGCAGUAGCAGAUGGGCCUACAUGUUCUGAGCAACAGCAGCUACAAGCAGCAUUGAAGCAGCGGGUGCAGGAAGAGACACAGAACCUAGAGAAGGAUCUGGAGUUAUCCGAGUCGUUCGUUCAAGGGGUGCACAAGUGGCUAAAGGAGAUAAAAAAGGCAGAAAAAGUAGAUUUUUUGAAUAUACGUUCACAACACAUGGAGGCCCUUACUUCGCUGCUCAGGGAGCAGGCGAACCAGGCCUUCUGUCAGCAGCGAUUAAAGACAUUGAGGAAACAAACGGAUAGCGUCAUAGAGGAGGCUGUGCAGGAUCUCUUUACUGCAGCGCUACGCGAGAGACAGCAGCGCGAGACAUUCUAUGGAGACACAAAGCAGACAGCUGAUGCGAUUCAUUUUGCCCAUAAAUCAGCCAUCACAGAAGAAGCGAGGAGACUGCGAGGAUUAGAUCGCAUGGCUAAAGAUUUAGCGAGGAAAUAUGCUCCUCUUGAGGCCGCUGCGCUGCUUCCUCCUCUCGGUAAACGAAAGGAAAAGAAAUAUACUUAUUUCCCCGAGGGGAGCGCAAAAAGAUUCGCAGGGGAGCCAGUUACAGAGAGACCCGAACCCACAUCUACUACUAAGCUUAUGGGUGGAUAUGUAGGAGAAUCACACGAAGGAGUGCUUCAACUCAGCAGAAAAGGUAAAGGAAGCAAGAAACAGGCACCGAACAAACCCUGA